AUGCUCUUCCUUUUAGAGACAAAUUCCAUUUUACGAAGAAUCGAUCUUUGCUGUAAAAUCUUGGCACCUAUCCUUGUUGGCCAGAUAAUGACAUACAUCUCCAAGGUUGCUGGGGUCGUGCUUCUAGCGGGCUGGAACGUGGUUUCGGUCUUUCUGGAGUACUACCUUUUAUGGAAAGUGUUUCAGUCCGUGUCUGCGUUGUCCCAAAAGGUAUUCGAUACAAGGCAUAAAGAUGAGACGGAAGAAGGAUCCUCAGUAGACCUUAGCCAAGAGGAGCCACAGGGCUCUAGAGGGAGCCUGGAGUCGAUAGAAAAUGAUGACCCUGGAAGGGGCCAAAAUGGGACAGAGGCAUUGGUCCCUUCUGUUAACACCAGAGUUCGAACAGUCCAACGCAAACCAGGGAUCUUCAAGCUUUUUAAGAAAAGAAUUAUAACUUUCAAAAACGGCUGGAAUAUUUAUUUUAGGCAACCAGUAUCCCGUCCUGGUUUGGCCCUUGCCUCAUUGUAUUUUACAGUGAUAUCAUUUGGAGCCAUCACAACAGGUUAUGCGUAUACACAGUGCCUGAGCGAGUCCAUUCUUAGUAUUGUCCGAGGUGUUGGUUCGUUGUUUGGUGUCUUCGCAACCUUCGUUUUUCCGAUGCUGCGAAAUGCCGUUGGCGUUGUACGGUGUGGUUUAGUCUCAAUGUCGCUGCAGUUUUCCUGCCUUCUCUUGUGUGUCGCGGCAGUUUUCGCACCUGGAUCCCCAUUUUUUCUGUUGCCGCAGAGUUUAAGGGUAGACACUGUCACGCACCAAUGUACCGCGACCCUGUCAAGCUCCUCUCUGCCUCAGUGUGGCGAAGCUCAUCUUCCCACACCUAUGGUAACUCCGACGUUUCAAAGAAUGGUCAUGACCAAAGAGCUAGCAAAUACAUCAAUGUCUUCUGUACUUCCAUCAAGCUCGCGUGCCAUACCAAGCUAUCAUACGGUGUAUGUGAACUCCACUGUAACUCCGACGUCAUCCCUUGUCAAGUCCUCAUUUGCAGUCUUCAUAAAUGCCUCCAAGACCUCAUCAACCUCAACCAUUUUCCCUACUGUAACCCCUACCCAAACCUGCUUUAACGCGACAGAAGCCCCCACCUUUGGCAAAACGUUCUCGUACGUUUCUAUUGCCCUGCUUUUAGCUGGUAUCGUCACGUCCCGCCUUGGCUUAUGGAUGUCAGAUCUCGCUAUCACGCAGCUUUUCCAGGAAACGGUACCUGAACAAGAGAGAGGAAUAGUUGCUGGUAUGCAGAAGUCUUUUAACUCUAUGCUAGGCUUGAUCAUGUUUGGUCUUGUUAUCGCUCUCCCCAAGCCGGAACACUUCGGGCUGUUAACUCUCAUGUCCGUUUGUGCGGUUGGUAUCGGUGGGUUGUUAUAUGCCUCGUUCGCAUAUAAAAUUCGCGGUCAUCUGUUUCAUUUGGAAAAACUGCGAGUUUUCUGUGGAGGAUCUACUACUGACAACCAAACAGCUUCGAGAUUACAAGAUGAUCUGGAUCUUGAAGAUGACGAGGAAGAAGCCAUGAUAAGAGGAGCUCUUAGUACAAGGAAUGAAAACUUUAAAUAUUGA